GCAGCGAACGACUCUGCUGUCCGCUAAUGUCGUGAGGCAGCUUGCAACGCUCUUGUGAAUCCUCUAGUUCUUGCGGUGUCGCCGGCCUCACUUCUGGCCGCUUUGUCCCUCUGCUCAUCAAAGCAUGCCCCGAACAGCUGCAAGACGCUGCCACUUUUGUUCUUUGUCUGCUUGAGGAAACCCUAACCCGGAACAACAUUCCCGCCAUGUCGCUCAACCUCGAGAAACAGCUCCUGUUCUAUGGAGCCUACCACUCCAACCCAGUCAAUAUUGGCAUUCACAUUACGUGCGUCCCAAUCAUACUGGUGACGUUCAUGCUCCUUGCCACCAAUUCUCCAAAUAUCCCGCUGCCUUCAUGGCUCUCCAUACCCUACUAUCCAUUGAACCUGGGUACCGUGGCUGCCUUGCUAUACUCCACGCUUUACGUCCUAAUGGAGCCCGUGGCUGGGACAGCGCUGUCACUGUUCAUCAUUCCUAGCACGGCGUAUUCGAACUACCUUACCUCGAUCUAUGGAGCCCCUGUGAACUACUGGGCGGCGGGCAUCAACGCGGUAGCCUGGAUUCUCCAAUUCAUUGGCCAUGGGAAGUUCGAGGGCAGGGCCCCAGCGCUCUUGGACAACCUCGUGCAGGCGUUGUUCCUCGCUCCGCUGUUCGUCUGGCUCGAAGUCUUGUUCUACUUCGGAUACCGCCCGGAAUUGAGGCGUCGGCUGGAUAAGGGGGUGGAGCAGGAGAUUCGGAAGUUCAAGCAAGAGAAGGAGGCUAAGGCGAACGGCGCGAAGAAGACGACCUAGUCAGCAGACGCCUUGAGAGGUGGGCUUUCCAAGGGCAUGGUGAUGGCUAAGCAGAUCGGCGGAACCGAGGGCGGGCUCAAUUUGGAGGAGGUUAUCACUCGGUGGGAAGCAUAGCUAUGACGGACCGUUUCAGCAGCGGCAAUUUCUAUCUAUGUGUGACGAAGCUAAAUUGGCAUCAAAAUACGACUGAGCAUCCCCAUUUGGAGGGGAGACGCUGGGGAAGGCAUUCCGGGAGUGAUUGGAGGAGAGGAGGCAUUUCUGAGCUGGGCAAUAAGCUGUGCAAUGCUGUGGG